ACAAAAAAUUUUCCGCGCCUCUCGUUUCACUCAAUUUCCUGCUUACAUUUUACCUGAAAUAAUUAACUAACCCCAAAUUGGGCCUUCUCCGUUUCACCGCCACCAUUUCACCAAUCUUCCCUCUCCGCUGCCACUGCGCCGUCGUGGCUCCACUACCUCCGCGCCGUCGUCGUUCUGCUGCUCCCUUGCCGUCGUCGCUCCGUCACAUUUGUGCCGCUGUCACUCUGUAAUCGACGGCAAGGCGGUGCCGCAAACUAUCAUAUCUGAGAUCGCGGAGGAAGUGUGCUCUCUCUCUCAAAAGUCGGCAAGGUUCUGAGGCUGGCGGUGGUGAUAGUAAGGAACAGGAAGGACUCCCAGAGUUAUGUGGGAAUGAAGAGAAAGACAUGUGCUGAAUUAGGGAUUAAGUCCUUCGACAUUGACCUUCCUGAACAAGUUUUCGAAUUUGAUUAAGCAAGUUCACCAGCUCAAUGUUAACCCUGAUGUUCACGAGAAAAGUUCAGGUUUGAGAAAGACGAAGUCUCAGAUUUUUACAAACAGCUCUGCUUGUAAAUUGAAAUUAGGCGAUCUCAAAGGAGCAUUGUUGGAUACCGAAUUUGCAGUGCGUGAUGGAGAGAAUAAUGCCAAAGCUUUGUUCUGCCAAGAUCAGGCAUACAUGGCACUCCAUGACAUUGAUGCUGCCGUUGAAAGCUUUAAGAAGGCAUUGGCCUUGGAGCCAAACGAUGGUUUCAUAUGCAAAAAAUAAACAGAUAAAAAUCAACAAUGAAGACAGCAAUUUUAAACAAGUAGCAAAUCAAGCUUGCUCAAGUCCUGUUUUAGAAGCAUUUGGCAACGCCAAGACUGUUAGGAACAAUAAUUCAAGUUGUUUUGGUAAGUUUGUGGAGAUUCAGUUUGAUCAAAAAGGGAGAAUUUCAGGAGCUGCUAUUAGAACUUAUUUGCUGAAACGGUCUCGUGUCUGUCAGGUUUCUGAUCCUGAGAGAAACUAUCAUUACUUUUAUAUGCUUUGUGCUGCACCAAAAGAGAUACAGAAGUCUUAAAAUAUGAAGCUUGUAAUGAUAUGAUGUGUAAAAAAUUUAAUGUUCAAAUUUUGCUAUAGCCUGUUGUAAUGACUAAAUUUAAUAUUACACCAUUGUCUUGUUGUUUUGCAAUGCCUGUGCAUUAUGCAUUUUUCCUUGACAUGAUCAAUGUAAAAAAGGAGGAGGAGUGCUAUCAGAUCAAUUGUUUAAUUGAUA